UCAGUUACCCUUUUGUAAACUAAUUCUCUCCUCCGUGCUUGAUCAUAACGGCGGACUUGGCUGCUUUCGUUUCUUCUUUACUCCACUCCGCCACCUGCUCGCCUCCGCUCUGCUCCGUCAGUGAACUCGUUAGAACCUCCGCUCCGCUUCGGCCCGUGCCGUGAGAAAGUCACCUCACAUCCGCGAGCUCUCUGUGAGUGAUUGUGCCUCUUCUAGGGUUUUGUUUCGUUUCGUGACGCGAGGUCUCAGCUUUCGUGUAAUCCAAAGGAUGAAGGUGAAAAAACAGAAGAGGCAUAGAAAAACUUUGACAUUUUACACUACAUGCUUUGGUUUUCGGAAGCCUUUCAAGGUUUUAUGUGAUGGAACAUUUGUGCAUCACCUUCUUGUGAAUCGAAUAACCCCCGCUGACAUCGCUCUUGGCAAUAUCCUCAGUGCUUCUGUCAAACUCUACACAACCAGGUGUGUUCUGGCUGAGUUGAAGCGACUUGGUAGCUCAUAUUCUGAGAGUCUGGAGAACGCUCAUAAACUUAUAGUUGCUAGAUGUGAGCAUGAUAAAUGUGUGGGUGCAGAUGCUUGCAUCAAGGAGGUUAUUGGAGAAAAAAACUCUGAGCAUUUCUUUGUUGCUAGUCAGGACACUGACCUCCGAAACAAGCUGCAAGAGGUACCUGGUGUGCCUCUCAUAUAUGGUCUCAGAAAUGCUCUUUUUCUUGAAUCCCCAUCUGCAUUUCAACGGCAAUAUGUCAAAACUUCUGAAGAAGGACGGUUGCAUAUGAAUGAGAAAGAGUACAAGAUAUUAAAGGAUAGGGUGAUGAAUAGACUAACCCAUGAGGAAGCUAACAAUUCCAUUGCUGAAACAAUAGAAAAUGUGGAUUCAGGAGAUCAAACCAUGAAUGUUCAGGCAGUAAAAACGAGUACUUUUGCAAGGAAUCGGAUGCCAAUCAAGGAUAAACCUCAGUUCAAGAGAAAAAGAGCUAAGGGUCCAAACCCACUUUCGUGCAAGAAGAAAAGUAAAAGUCAAAAUAUUGGUCCUUCUAAGGACAUGAAAGGAGAUAAUGAAGUGAAGAGAAGUAGGAAAAGAAAGAGGUCACAUAAACGGAAAAUGGCUACAGAAGGUGACAGUUAGGUUGAUUUAUUUUAUACUUAG